AUGCAGGCGCAGGCGGGGACGCCGCCUGCAUCGGUGGCGGGCGUGGAGGUGGUGGGGUCGCUGGACGGCCUGGUGGCGGCGGUCGAGCAGGACGCCUCAUUCUGGUGUGACGGCUUGGCGCCGGGUGGCCCCGUCAAGACCGCGCAGCAGCAGGCCGUGUUCACGGCGGGCGAGAUUGCCGCGCUGCUGGCAGGGCGCCGCGGGGUGGCCAUUGUGCAGCUGUUUAACGGGUGGGACCGCGACAAGGGGCAGCCCGUGUACACUCCGUUUGCACUACCCCUCCUGGAGCGCGCCCUGGCGGCGCCCGGCGUCGGCUUUGUCGGCUCAGUCGCGCCUGGGGGUGCGGGGCUGACCGCUGUGCUGCACGCCGACCGCGAGCCGUUUGCGUCCUGGGCCGCGCACCUCGCCAGCUUCGGGUGCCAGGCCAACGUGGUGGCGGGCUCUGCCUACUACAAGCUGCUCAUCGGCCACCUGCUGGGGUACAAGCCAGCCAACGUGCUCGGCUAUGCUGAGUCAGCAGAGGCGGUCUCGCGGGAGCUGCAGAAGCAGGUCGAGGAUGACAUCAGGGGGCUGAGCAGGGUCAAGGCCCGCCUGCCGUGGAGUGCCGACGACCCCCCGCCCACCACCAAGCCCUCGAAGAAGCCCAAGGCCGCCGCAGCUGGCGGCAAGGGCGGCAAGGGCUUUGCCGCCGGCAAGGCCGCGGUACGCUCUCGCUGA